AAGCAUAAUGUAUAUUGCCGGUACAUCCCAGAUGUCAACCUUUAUAUGGCUGCUCGUGAUAAUUGCAGUGGCUGGCAGUGUGGACUGGCCAAGCAGACAGGCUGAAGGCGAUCCAUGCACCUGGGCUUUAAAUUAUCCCAAGAGCCAUUGUAGGCUAGCCCAAAACUGUCAAACACUGCCCGUGUACAUCAAUGAAAAUCUUUUAAAGUUAGCUGAUAUACCCAGCUGCGGUUUCAUCGACGCUAGCCACUCGGAGAUGUUCUGCUGUCCCGAUGCGAUGCCUGGCCCAAUGGUUUCAAGCCUUACAUUGGCAGGGCCCACAGUCCAAAAUAGCUUUAAUCAUCUGGCUUCCCUCGGCUAUUAUAAGGCGGAUACCCUAGACGAAAUUGUGUACCGCUGCACGGCGAUUAUCCUGUCGCCAACCCAAUUGCUGGCGACAAGCAAAUGCGUUGGCAACAAAAUAUUUGAGAAGCCCAACAGAGUCCUAGUGGGUGUAACAGACCCAAGAAAAUUCUUUGAUCCGGAGCUAGAGUUCGAACUUACGACAAAAGUACAGUAUAAGAACGAUCUGGCGCUGUUCUCGCUGGCCAGCUCGAUUGAUGUGAACAAAACAGAACUGGCAAAUCUGAGCUUGGCUUCGCUUUGUAAUGAGACCGAGCUGGAGGGAGAUCCAAAGCUAUAUGCCGUAGGAUUUGCUCAGGAUAAUGGCUCCAACUGCGGCCUGUUCAAGACGCGCCUUGAGAGAUUCAACGACUGCACCAAAGUGGAUCUCAAGCGUCAGGUGUCAGGCAUCGAUAAAUCCAGGAACCUGUGCUUGGUACCCCAGCCAAAUGCUUCCCUUCCCGGCGUGCGCGAUGACUGCACCAAAUGCCUGACGGCCAGCACCAGUGUGCUCCAUGUGGAGCGAGCGGACGGCAGUUUCUGUGUGGCGGCCAUUGCCACGCCCACCACCAACGAUUGCAUUGUAAACAGCGGUCCGAUUUAUUACACCAGCAUCGUGGGCAAAGAUGUCGGCAAUUUUCGCAUCACAGCUAAUAAUGGCAACUGCGGAAAUUUAUGUCCUUCGUCAGGAGAAGGAAUAUCAAUACAAACUAAAGUUUUUUCAUUUCAAGAUUUUAUACGAUAAUACCAGAUUCAACAAUUCUUAUAUGAAUAACUUUAUUUAUUUUAUAUUGUACGCAAAUUUAAAGUCCAAUUUAAGUAGAGAAAUAACGUUAAAAAUUUAUUAUGACAAAUGCUACUUAAAUAUAUAUUCUUGAUCAGC